UUCAAGCAAUUCAGUGUGUGGCGUGAACCCAAUGCUUCAACAACGGUGUAAUUUAUAAUGUUUUGAAGUUAAUUGAGUUUUAAUAAAAAAUGGUGCUCUGUCCGCCGUUUCGGUGGUCUUCUAGAAGCAGGUUCGAUCUUACGACUCCAGUACCGGAGCGGGAUGUACGAAGACGCGAGACUUUUUAUGUUUUACCUGAAACUAAUUCCGUUAAUCCGGUGAGCAAUGGAAAUAUAUCAAAUGGAGCAACGGCCUCUUACAAAAAGAGCCUUACUAUACCGGAAGCUGGCGGAUCCAGUAAGAAGUCAAGUUACAUGAGCAUACAGAGCGAAAAGUCGAGCCGUGGAAGCACAGCAAAUGUCAGGGAUUCCGAUAGCGAAGUUUCAAGUGAAGAUCCUAAAAUAAGCACUGGCCGGAAGACUAUAUCGGAGAUUGUCCAAAGCAAUCCGGAUAAGCGAAUGCGAAGAAAGAGGGGAAUCAUUGCCCCACAUGCACCUCUGGACACGACGAGGGCUUUCACAGAUCUUCAGUACGAUAAAUACGCAAAGGAUGAAGUUUCUAUACAACAAAUUAAAAGGGCUAUUAUGUCUAACGAUUUCUUGAAAAAUAUAAUGGAUGAUGAAAGACUUGAUGCUGUAGUGGAAGCAAUGAGCCCCCAAGAAUUUCCUGCGGGAAGCUUAAUGAUAAGAGAAGGAGAGAGUGGUAGCCACCUGUACGUGUCAGCAUAUGGACGAUUUGAGGUCUUAAAGGGUGGACAGGUUGUUAAGAAUUUUGGAUCUGGUGAAGCAUUUGGUGAACUAGCUAUUCUGUAUAAGGCGAAACGAUUUGCUUCGAUACGAUGUAUAACAGAAGCAAAAGUAUGGACCCUGGAAAGGAGGGUAUUCCAAAAAAUUAUGGUGAGGAGCGGCCGUCAAGAGCAGGAGGACAAUAUGAGGUUUUUGUCCUCGGUUCCUUUACUGCAAGGCAUUCACCCUAUCGAACUUGCUAAGAUUUCCGAUUUUCUAAAGAGGGAAUUCUUUGCAACUGGCACACCUGUAGUCCGACAGGGUGACAAAGGGGAUAAGUUUUACAUUAUCCGUGGUGGGACAGUCGCAGUCACAAAACGUGAUGGUGAUGGAGGGGAACGCCGCGUUGGAGUUCUUAAGCGUGGGGAAUACUUCGGAGAGCAAGCCCUGUUACACGAAGACAGAAGACUUGCCACCGUGACUGCUAUGGCCCCUGGGGUGGAAUGCUUGACUUUGGAACGAGGGCCAUUUACUGAACUGCUAGGUAAUUUAGAAGAAUUGAAAAACAUACGGCAUGCUGUUCCUCGACCUUCACAACAGAAGAAGACUUCUGAAGUUAAAAGCGAAUAUGAAUAUAUCGGAUUAAACGACCUAGAAAUCGUCGGUACAAUGGGUGUAGGAGGGUUUGGUCGUGUCGAGUUGGUGCAAUAUAAGAAAGAGCCAAGUCUAACGUUUGCCCUCAAAUGUCUCAAGAAGAUCGAUAUGGUGCAACAACAACAACAGGAGCAUGCGUUUAAUGAGAAAAACAUUAUGAUGGCGUGCAAUAAUAACUUUAUAUGCAGACUGUACCGCACAUUCAAGGACACCAAGUACCUAUAUUUCUUGAUGGAGCCCGUGCUCGGUGGCGACGUGUGGACCAUCCUUCAGAAGCAGCGCUACUUCCCGGAGAACAUCGCGCGGUUCAUGGCCGCCUGCGUCCUAGAAGCCUUUCAGUAUCUGCACUCCAAGGAUAUCAUCUACAGAGACUUAAAACCGGAGAACUUGAUGUUGGACAAGAAGGGAUACAUUAAGCUGGUAGAUUUUGGAUUUGCCAAAAAUUUGUCAACAAACAGCAAAACUUGGACGUUUGCCGGUACUCCUGAGUACGUUGCACCAGAAAUCGUCCUCAACAAGGGUCACGACCGUGCGGUGGACUGCUGGGCUCUCGGCGUGUUCAUCCACGAGCUGCUGGUCGGCAAGCCACCGUUCCGCGCGGCCGGUGGAGACCACAUGAAAACUUACACGUUGAUACUGAGGGGCAUCGAUGCUGUUGCAUUCCACCCGCGAGUUCCGAAAUCAGCACAAAUGCUCAUCAGGAAACUAUGCCGCGCCGUCCCCGCUGAACGGCUGGGUUACUUGAAGAACGGCAUAACGGAUAUUAAGAAUCAUAAAUGGUUUCUCGGUUUCGACUGGGAAGGCCUACGUGAAGGAAAACUGAAGGCCCCGCUGAUUCAGCCCGUAGCCAAUGAUCUGGAUCUUUCCAACUUUGAGAAGUAUCCCAAAGAUAAACUACCUCCAGAUGAGACUUCUGGAUGGGAUAUUGAUUUCUAAAUGUAAUUAUAGCAUUAGACUUAUUAAACAGAACCUACUUUAAACUGGAAAUUCACCCACAAAAAAGCAGUGGAACAGCCUAAAUAAAAAUGAAUCAUUGAUGUAAUUUUGUGUCCAAUGACGUCAUAUGCAAGUUACUUAAUGACGUCACAUAAUUUAUUACAUAAUACUGUGGCUAAAUUACAUUACAAUUAUUCUAUAAAUAAAUAUAAUUCAAUUAAA